CGGGCGCACGCGAGCCGGCCCUCGGAGCUGUGAGUUGGGCGGGGCGCCGCGCUGACGUUGCCCGGGAUGCGGGCAUGUUCCGCGGCCGUCUUCGCCGCCUCCGCCUCUCCUGCCACCCGGAUUAUCUGCAAUGCUGGAAUGAAGUAACUCAAGAUGAGCAAGCUAAAAGUGGUAGGAGAGAAAAGCCUUACCAAUAGUUCUCGGGUUGUGGGACUCCUGGCUCAGCUGGAGAAGAUCAAUACGGAUUCCACAGAGUCAGAUACUGCCAGAUAUGUUACAUCCAAAAUUCUUCAUUUGGCUCAAAGUCAAGAAAAAACAAGAAGGGAAAUGACAACCAAAGGUUCUACAGGCAUGGAAGUUCUGUUGUCAACAUUGGAGAACACGAAAGAUCUUCAGACUGUACUUAAUAUCCUAAGCAUUCUCAUUGAGCUGGUGUCAUCUGGUGGGGGUCGAAGAGCGAGUUUCUUAGUUGCCAAAGGUGGUUCACAAAUACUGUUGCAACUGCUUAUGAAUGCCAGCAAAGACUCUCCUCCACAUGAGGAGGUGAUGGUGCAGACCCACUCCAUUCUUGCCAAGAUUGGGCCAAAAGAUAAGAAGUUUGGAGUGAAAGCCCGAGUUAACGGGGCACUGACUGUGACUCUGAACUUGGUAAAGCAGCACUUUCAGAACUACCGCUUGGUUCUUCCUUGUCUUCAGCUCUUGCGAGUCUAUUCUACCAACUCUGUGAACUCAGUAUCUUUAGGUAAAAAUGGAGUUGUGGAGUUGAUGUUUAAAAUCAUUGGGCCAUUCAGUAAGAAGAAUUCGGGUCUCAUGAAGGUUGCUUUAGACACUCUUGCUGCAUUGCUAAAAUCAAAGACAAACGCCAGGAGAGCGGUGGACAGAGGGUACGUUCAAGUGCUUCUAACCAUCUAUGUAGAUUGGCACCGGCACGAUAAUCGGCACAGAAACAUGCUCAUUCGGAAGGGGAUUCUACAGAGCUUAAAAAGCGUCACGAACAUCAAGUUGGGCAGAAAAGCAUUUAUUGAUGCGAAUGGGAUGAAAAUUCUGUAUAACACUUCUCAAGAGUGCUUGGCGGUCAGGACUCUUGAUCCUCUUGUCAACACAUCCAGUCUGAUAAUGAGAAAAUGCUUCCCCAAAAACCGCCUGCCGCUCCCCACCAUUAAAAGUUCUUUCCACUUCCAGUUGCCAAUUAUCCCUGUGACUGGACCUGUGGCCCAGCUCUACAGCUUGCCGCCUGAAGUGGACGACGUGGUGGACGAGAGUGACGACAACGACGACAUUGAUUUAGAAGUGGAAAAUGAACUCGAGAAUGAAGAUGACCUAGAUCAGAGUUUUAAGAAUGAUGAUAUUGAAACAGAUAUUAAUAAAUUAAGACCUCAGCAAGUACCAGGACGAACAAUAGAAGAGCUAAAAAUGUACGAGCACCUUUUCCCCGAGCUUGUUGAUGAUUUUCAGGACUAUGAACUGAUCUCAAAGGAACCCAAACCUUUUGUGUUUGAGGGGAAGGCUCGGGGCCCCAUUGUAGUUCCCACAGCUGGAGAGGAGGUACCUGGGAAUUCAGGGAGCGUAAAGAAAGGAGUGGUAAUGAAGGAGAGAGCAAGUCCUAAAGGAGAGGAAGCCAAGGAAGACACUAAGGGCCACGACAGGACAAUGCCGCAGCAGCUGGGUGGUCAGAGCCGAGCGGCCCCCUCAGCCCACAGCUUCAACAAUGAUCUUGUGAAGGCCUUAGACCGAAUCACACUGCAGAAUGUUCCUUCGCAAGUAGGCGCGGGCUUGAACGCAGGAAUGAGGAAGGACUUUGGUCUCCCGCUCACUGUCCUCUCAUGCACGAAAGCUUGUCCUCACGUGGCUAAGUGUGGAAGUUCUCUUUUUGAAGGGCGGACAGUACAUCUUGGGAAGCUGUGUUGUACUGGAGUUGAAACGGAAGAUGAUGAAGACACUGAGUCCCACUCAUCAACAGAGCAGGCCCCCUCUGUUGAAGCCUCUGACGGACCAACACUGCACGACCCAGACCUCUAUAUUGAGAUUGUGAAAAAUACGAAGUCCGUUCCAGAAUAUUCAGAGGUGGCUUAUCCUGAUUAUUUUGGACACAUUCCACCUCCCUUCAAAGAGCCUAUUUUAGAAAGGCCUUAUGGUGUACAAAGGACAAAAAUUGCCCAAGACAUUGAGAGGCUGAUACACCAGAACGAUAUCAUAGACCGAGUGGUGUAUGACUUAGAUAACCCUACCUAUACCACUCCAGAAGAAGGAGAUACUUUGAAGUUUAACUCAAAAUUUGAAUCUGGGAAUCUGCGCAAAGUAAUUCAAAUUAGAAAAAGCGAGUACGACCUUAUCCUGAACUCUGAUAUAAACAGUAACCAUUACCAUCAGUGGUUCUACUUUGAAGUCAGUGGGAUGCGGCCUGGUGUGGCAUAUAGGUUCAACAUCAUCAACUGUGAGAAGUCCAACAGUCAGUUUAAUUAUGGUAUGCAGCCACUUAUGUAUUCAGUUCAGGAAGCACUAAAUGCCAGACCAUGGUGGAUCCGUAUGGGUACUGACAUUUGUUACUACAAAAAUCACUUCUCGAGAAGUUCAGUUGCUGCAGGCGGACAGAAGGGCAAGUCCUACUACACAAUCACCUUCACUGUGAACUUCCCACACAAAGACGAUGUUUGCUAUUUCGCCUAUCAUUAUCCAUACACAUACUCGACUCUGCAGAUGCAUCUUCAAAAAUUGGAAUCGGCACACAAUCCUCAACAAAUCUAUUUUCGAAAAGACGUGUUGUGUGAAACCUUGUCUGGAAACAUCUGUCCUUUGGUGACCAUAACAGCAAUGCCAGAGUCCAAUUACUAUGAACAUAUCUGUCAGUUCAGAACUCGCCCUUAUAUUUUCUUGUCUGCUCGGGUGCAUCCUGGAGAGACUAAUGCAAGCUGGGUCAUGAAGGGAACACUGGAGUACCUCAUGAGCAAUAGCCCGACUGCCCAGAGCCUACGGGAGGCUUACAUUUUUAAAAUUGUCCCCAUGCUAAAUCCAGAUGGUGUCAUCAAUGGAAAUCACCGCUGCUCCUUAAGUGGAGAGGAUUUGAACAGACAGUGGCAAAGUCCAAACCCAGAGUUACACCCCACGAUUUAUCACGCCAAGGGGCUGCUGCAGUACCUGGCCGCGGUGAAGCGCCUACCUCUGGUUUAUUGUGAUUACCAUGGCCAUUCUCGAAAAAAGAAUGUAUUCAUGUACGGCUGCAGCAUCAAAGAGACGGUGUGGCACACCCAUGACAACGCGGCUUCCUGUGAUAUUGUGGAAGACAUGGGAUACAGGACUUUGCCUAAGAUACUGAGCCACAUUGCUCCGGCAUUUUGCAUGAGCAGUUGUAGCUUUGUGGUCGAAAAAUCUAAAGAAUCCACAGCUCGGGUUGUUGUGUGGCGGGAAAUUGGAGUUCAGAGGAGCUACACCAUGGAGAGUACUUUAUGUGGCUGCGAUCAGGGUAGAUACAAGGGUUUACAGAUUGGGACUCGAGAAUUGGAAGAGAUGGGAGCAAAAUUUUGUGUUGGUUUAUUGCGUUUGAAACGACUGACUUCUUCAUUGGAAUAUAAUCUGCCCUCCAACCUGCUUGACUUUGAAAAUGACUUAAUUGAAUCAAGCUGUAAAGUGACUAGGACACGUGGCAGCUCUGAACUCCAGCUUUUCCCUGCAGUCCUUUGAACUUGCUGGCGCUCUGAGGACUCCUGCCCCUGGCAGCUGCCUGCCUUGCCCUGCCUCCCACUGGACUUGGCCCCGCACUUCCCCUUGCUGAGCUUGCUUUGUAUCCUUUCACUGCAAUGAGCCAUGAGUGUGAGCUCUGCUGUGCGCACUCCCCUCAGCCCACUGCUCAGGGGCUUUUGGGGUGCCCUGUUUGCCCAUUGGAGUUUCUGUUAUGUUUGGUUAUCACAGAAGUGGAGUGAUUUGCUGAGACUAAUCGGAGCUAGAUCGUAUUGUACAAUUGUAGCUCAGAACUGCCCAAGGUCAUGGUUUGAUGGUUCUGACCGAAGGUCUCUAAACCCCACAGUCUCCAUUGCACCUGAUGUCCUCUGAGUGCACAAGUGACACUCACUCUGCUUGCAGUGUUGUGCCUCCGUGAGGACGCAAUGACAGUGACCUGGCCAUCGGUACUCUCCUGGGAGGACUGGCUCAGGGCCAUUUAAUAGCUACAGCUUCACGCCUCUUGCCGCCAGUCAGACAUUAGCAAUUCCUUUCUCUUUUUCCAAAUAGAUAUUCUUUGGUUAGCUGUAUUGUAUAGUAGCUUAGCCUACCUCCUCUUCUGUGUGUGCAUGUGCUUGCAUGUGCUUGCAUGUAAGUCUCUAUACAAUAGUGAUUUCAGAACGACACACAAGUAUUCCUAUGAAAGGAAAGGUGGUUUUGAGUAUGUGAAGUGAUAUCUGUGACGGCUCUUCCUAAGUUAUAAAGUACACAGAGCACAUACGGAAUCUCAAUAAAAGAAAAUGAAUUGCUGUGAUUGGC